AUGUCGACCUUGGCAGAGCCUAUAAUGAUCGAUGAAGAUUGCGCAAUCUGCUUAACACCUGUUUCCACGAGAUGUGAAAGAGAGGCAGAUGGUUGUAGAUUCUGCGAAAAUUCCGUUUCCUGGCAAGCCGUAAACCAACCUUGUAACCAUCAGGCUUUCCACCUUUGCUGCAUGAUAAGAUGGCUUAGGAGAAGCCGGACAUGUCCUCUUUGCAAUACACGUGUUACGGAUAUUCAUCACAAUUUCUCUGCCGAUGGAAACCACAUGGAGUACAUAAUUUCACCAAGGCUUAUUCCUUUCGAGCCUGCUUUUUCACAAGAGCCUCCUCCAUCUCCAAUUUCCCAGCGCCGAAGAAUAUACUUUAAUCAAGCCUAUUCUCUUCCUAUUUUCCCCAACUUGUUCCCCAAACAGAUGGGAGCUACGCCUCAAGUCAUCGCCAAUAGUCCCUACGCUCAGGGUCGGGUCCGUCUGUUUGCAGAACGCGAUCUUCAAGCACUGGCUUCAAUUGUUAGAGCACGAUCGUCUGCUUCUGGAAGACCUCAUGCCAACUUGGCAGUGGCAGUGGAAAUGCUCCUCAAUCUCGUUAUAGAUAUUGUGAAGAGUGAGGAUUUCCAGAACGUUCCUUCUUUCAUGGAGAAUAUGUUGCAGGAGUAUUUAGGUAGGAAUGCAAGAUUAUUCUCGCAUGAGUUGAGAGCGUGGAUGGAAAGUCCUUAUGACUCUUUGGACCAAUGGGAUCGGAAUGCGCGGUAUCCUGCUAUCACUGGAUCCGCCUUGCCGCGAAGGAAUGAUUCGGCUUCAGUGUAUACGGGACAGACAAGGCCCGUCUUGAGACGAAUGCCAGAUAUGGAUAUCGAACCUUUAAAUUUUUCGAGUUCUCAAGAAGUUUUCAGUCAAUCAGAUGAGGAAGCGCGCGGUUGUGCCUUCCUUUCUAACUCAGAUUGA